AUGGGGCUGAGGCCCCAUGCUUCUGUCCAUCUAACUGGACAUUAUAUUAUCCUCAUCACUGUAAGAUAUCUUACAGAGAGAACCUUUCAGUUCCACCCUCAGAAAUUACAAGCUGUGCUGUUGCUUAUUUGUACAAUAUUUCAGAGUGACCCACUUUUGUUGUCAUGGGCUUGGAAGGAUCCCCAUGCUGAGGAAUUUGAAGACAAAGAGGGGACAUUUCUCAUAGAAAAUGAAUCUCCUUCUGGACGCCGGGAAGCUUUUUCUACCAGCAAUAUUAACAUGAAGCAAUAUGCAAGUCCAAUGCCUACACAGGGUGAUGUCAAGUUAAAAUUCAAGCCUCUGUCUAAGAAAGUGAUAUCUGCUACCCUUCAGUUCUCUUUAUCAUGUAUUUUCCUGAGGGAAGGGAAAGCAACUGAUGAAGACAUGCAAAGCCUGGCAAGUCUGAUGAGUAUGAAGCAAGCAGAUACUGGAAAUUUAGAUGAUUUUGAAGAAGAUAAUGAAGACGAUGAAGAAAACAGAGUGAACCAGGAAGAAAAGGCUGCAAAAAUUACAGUGCUUAUCAACAAGCUUAAUUUUUGGAUGAAGAGGAACAAUUCCAGAUCAAAUCCAUUUGUAGAUCCUGAUGCAACAGAGCUGAAUCCCUUUGGAGACCUUGAUAUGGAAGAGAAACGUCCUCCCUCUAAUAUCAAGGAAGAUCCUUUGCUGAGUGAAAAUUGCCUGAAUCCAUCUCUAUCCAUCUAUUCCUGCACACCAAAUCCACAAAAACUAGGACAAAACCCCUAG